CCCUACUUGCUGCUAGAGUCCAUGUUCUCUGUUCCCAUGCUCCUGUUAUCAUUCUGUUCAUGUCACUCACCUGGUUGUGUUCCUGUAUUUGGGCAAGUUGUAAGUUUCUUUACUAUUAAAUCCUCCUCAUCUACUCCAUUAUGCUUCAAAUUUAAGUCCUACCUUAACACAGCAUGACAGUCUUAUCUCUGUGAAUUUUAACAGAUUAUAUUUUAAAUUUGGAGUUGGCAUCAAUGAUAAACUAACCCUGAACCAUCAUCAGUUUUAGAGGGUAAAAUUAUAACAUUUUACAGAAAGUUACAUUUUCAAUCAGGCAUCUUAAACAAAGCCAUACUUUCUCAAAAAGUUGAAACCCUGUUGAGAUUAUAUCAAUUAAAUGUAUCAGAAUAUGGGUGGAAAAAAAAGAAUUGGACCAAGAAUGUAUCAUUCACGCUGAAAGAAAUUGUUCCAUAAAAUGUUAACUCUUAAAAUUCAACCUUCACAUUUAGCUCUUAAAGUCCCCUAAUGAUGCUGUUAUGUUGGCAUGUUUUGGUCACCGAUGAAAUUUUAUACUCCUAAACUUCUAAACAACCCUUUCCCCUACUUUUCAAUUAAUAUAAACAUUUUAAUUCAUUUUAUAGUUGUAAUAAAUUCCAAAAACAAUGAGGCUUCCUUAGAUGUCAUCAGACCUCCAUCUGUUACCCUAAAAUCAAAUUCUUACCCUCUAAGAAUAUGACCAAACUUGAAUCACACGAUGAGCACUGAGCAUGUGGCAGGGCAGACUUCUAUUCUCUUGCGGCUUGAACGCUGAUUGGUUCAGACUGUGGGAAACCUCAUCCAAACCGAGACCCACACACUCAAAUGGAGAUGUGGGACCAUAAAUAGGAGGGAUGAAGCCAGCAGAGAUGAGAUUCUCUCUACAGCGCAGAGAUCCAAUCAUGGCCCUUUAAAAUAACAGCAGCAAUGACCAACUCACAGGUGCAUCUGACUCUCAACUACAAGCUCAAAAAGCUUCUGGUGGAGAAAUUAAACGGAGCGAAUCAACAGCAGCUUAAGUCUCUCCUGGGUCCAGAGUUCCUCAAAGGGCAGCCUGACUCUGAGCUGAAGAAAGCAGACAUCCUGGACAUGACAGUUUGCUCCCUGAGAAGAAUGCAGCAGAGCAGCAUCCAGCAGGUUGAGGCAGCAGCAGGCGGUGAACUUCCUGUCCAAAGAAGAACAGACUGCUAUACAUUUAAUAAGUUGCAGUCUUCUUCUGGGAAAAACUUUUGAGAGUUUGACUUCUGCUAUGUGAGCUUCAUAGACCAGAUCAGUAUCUGCAAAGACAGCAGCGCCUUCUAUGGACAGACUGAGGUUAUAACCAUAAGACCAUAUUGGUCAUUGAUGACUGGGUUAAAUUUGAAAUGUCAUCAGUUUUAACCUUUUUUGUGUUAUUUACUGAAAUAUUUUCUGAGAAAAUAAUGUUUUUUUCCUUUUCCAAUGGAAAUAAAAAAUGCUGGACAAAGAAUAAUGGCACCGAAUCCUCUAAAAUGUAAGGAGUUUUUUCAUAUUUACAGACGGGUUUUCUCUAUCUCAGUGUAUUUUUAUGUAGUGUUUCCUUGAGGAAUACUAAUACUUAGCAAUACGUUUUUAAUACCACUUUUUUCGCAAAAAGGAGAUCUUGUGAGACUCAAAACGUGGUUAAAGGAAACUGAUACUGUAUGUAUUAUUAAUCUAUCAUAUGCUUGUAAUAUUGGAGACCUGGUGUAAUGUAAUUGUUUCAUUCAUUUUUAAAAUGUACAGAUUUUGUUUAAUGUGAAGUAAAUUGCAUUCAUUUAGUGAUGUAUCAUCAGA